AUGUCGGAGAGUAUACAGGACAAGUACUAUCUAAUAGAAUCUACUAAAAAAUAUCAACCAUCCAAACCCACGCCAUUACAAAACUUACUCCAGCUAUACAACCUAGAACCAGUAGCGCAGCUGCUAUCACGAACUAACCCUGAUGGAUCGAAGAAUGUCAAACUAAGAAAAUCUUACAAGGCCCAUAUACUGGAUUUACCAGGUAAGCAUCAAAUACCUGAACCUAAAACCAUACCCAUUGGUCUAAUGGAUCCUCUGAUUGGUCAACAUCCAGAUAUAAUAAAUCAAUUUGAUAGUGAGUUGUUGAAAAAGGCACUAAAGUUUGAUAGGACUCCAAUAAAUGGUAUUCCUGGGUUUGAUGCUGCUGAUUUGGCCAUUGGUGAUCAACAGACUUUAAUGAGGGGUGAUGAUCGAGAUGAUGAACGGAACAAAAAACGGAAAAAGAAACAUCAAAAUGGUGGUGAUGUUAAAAAACAACACGUGUAA